GCCAUUUUGUCGAAGUCGGAGAAGAAGUCUGACACCGUAAACAUUGCGUCAGGAGGCCCGAGAAGGGACCGCCUGGUUUCCAAGGAGGAUCAGAGAGUGACAGGGGUUUCAGCAGGAUCAGGCAGCCAGGGAAGACCAGUCUGUGACAGAGGUGAGGUAGCGUCUGAGGGUGGAUGAGGUGGCAGCAGAACACAGGGUGAUGGUGUAGCACUGGGUGACGGGCUGCCAGGGUGAGGAGGACAGGUGCGGUGCUAGCUGAGUGGAGGUGUGGGAUGUGGCGCUGGACGACCCACCUGGACGGAGGGCCGCGGAGGGUGAACCAUGCUGCUGUCUCCGUGGGACACAAGGUGUUCUCCUUCGGAGGGUACUGUUCUGGAGACGACUACGAGACGCUGAGACAGAUAGAUGUACACGUCUUCAACACAGUUUCUCUGCGGUGGAUGAAGUUGCCUCCAGUGAGAACAGGUGGUCGGGAACACGCCAGGGAUGUCCCCUACAUGCGUUACGGUCACACAGCCGUACUGCUGGACGAUACCAUCUACAUCUGGGGGGGUCGUAACGACACGGAGGGGGCCUGCAAUGUCCUCUAUGCCUUCCACGUCAACAACCACCGGUGGUUCACCCCUAAGAUAUCUGGGACGGUUCCGGGAGCGAGAGACGGCCACUCAGCUUGCAUCCUGGGGAAGGCCAUGUACAUCUUUGGAGGGUAUGAGCAGCUGGCUGACUGCUUCUCUAAUGACAUUCACAAGCUGGACACUACCACCAUGGCCUGGUCACUAGUCAACGCAAGGGGUACUCCAGCUCGUUGGAGGGACUUCCACUCUGCCACCAUCAUUGGCACUAAGAUGUUUGUGUUUGGAGGCAGAGCAGAUCGCUUCGGUCCGUUCCACUCUAGUAAUGAGAUCUACUGCAACAAGAUAAAGGUGUUUGAUACGGAGACCAACAGCUGGCUGAACACUGCUACUGCUCAGCUCCCACCAGAGGGACGACGUAGCCACUCAGCCUUUUCCUACAACGGGGAGCUGUAUAUAUUUGGGGGCUAUAACGCUCGUCUGGACCGACACUUCAAUGACCUCUGGAAGUUCAACCCAGAGGCGUUCUCAUGGAAGAAGGUGGAGCCUCAGGGUAAAGGUCCGUGCCCCAGGAGGAGACAGUGCUGUUGCUUGGUGGGAGAUCGUAUCAUCCUGUUUGGAGGAACCAGCCCAUGUCCAGAGCAGGGGAUGGGAGAUGAGUUUAACCUCAUGGAUCAUUCAGACAUCUACAUACUAGACUUCAGUCCUAAUCUGAAGACGUUAUGCAAGCUAGCUGUUAUUAACUACAGUCUGGACCAGCAGGGACUACCACACGACAUCAGGUGGGAGCUGAACGCCAUGACGACCAACAGUAACAUCAGUAGACCCAUCUUCUCCUCUCACGGCUAAUCUGGACUGGUACCCUCCCCAGUACCAGAACACCAAGGCUGAACUGACCCAGAGAUACCACAGUAUCUGAACACCAGGGCUGAACUGACCCAGAGAUACCAUACUACCAGAACACCAGGGCUGAACUGACCCAGAGAUACCACAGUAUCUGAACACCAGGGCUGAACUGACCCAGAGAUACCACACUACCAGAACACCAGGGCUGAACUGACCCAGAGAUACCACAGUAUCUGAACACCAGGGCUGAACUGACCCAGAGCUACCACAGUACCAGAACACCAGGGCUGAACUGACCCAGAGAUACCACAGUACCAGAACACCAGGGCUGAACUGACCCAGAGAUACCACAGUAUCUGAACACCAGGGCUGAACUGACCCAGAGCUACCACAGUACCAGAACACCAGGGCUGAACUGACCCAGAGAUACCACAGUAUCUGAACACCAGGGCUGAACUGACCCAGAGAUACCACAGUAUCUGAACACCAAGGCUGAACUGACCCAGACAUACCACAGUAUCUGAACUCUACUGUCUGGACUGACUCCACUAGAACCCUACUGUCUGGACUGACUCCACCAGAACCCUACUGUCUCUUGCUGUUGGCUAAGUAAAAUCAUUGAUCUCCCAGUUCACCAGAUCUUCUCUAUUUUAGCCCCUGGACACUGACAGGAGGGGUUCUAUUGGUGCUGAAUGCUGUUUUAGUAUCUGGGUUUGUGUUGCUCUAAUACUCACAACUCAAUGAGAAUCACUUUGAUUGUUAACUAGUGUUACAAUGAGCAGAACAUAUUCUCCCUGGUUGUUUUACCAGUAUUACAAUGAGCAGAACAUAUUCUCCCUGGUUGUUUUACCAGUAUUAUAAUGAGCAGAACAUAUUCUUCACUCAACACUGAUAUUUUUUUUAAAUUGCAAUGAUAAUGAUGCCAUGUUCUUGUUUUCUCUGGUCCGUUCUCUUCUCUCUGACUGAUCAGAUCAGUCUGUAGUGAUUAUCAUGUUUUUAAAGGAGAAAUCCGCCAUUAGAAAAGCAUCUACAGUGGGGCAAAAAAGUAUUUAGUCAGCCACCAAUUGUGCAAGUUCUCCCACUUAAAAAGAUGAGAGAGGCCUGUAAUUUUCAUCAUAGGUACACUUCAACUAUGACGGACAAAAUGCGGGAAAAAAAUCCAGAAAAUCACAUUGUAGGAUUUUUUAUGAAUUUAUUUGCAAAUUAUGGUGGAAAAUAGUUCUGUCAUCUCUUCUCUCUGUUGAACAACUGGACGCCACAGAAAUGUCUUCUACCUGACAGAAUGCCAACUAACCCCCAUAGUUUACUGAGAUGAUCCCAACCC